AUGUCUGGGCCACAUGACCACCAGCACCUCGACAGCGAGCCCAUCGCAAUCGUUGGGUAUGCCUAUCGAGCUCCUGGGCUGGGUCGCAGCGGCCUCUGGGAGUAUCUGGCAGAGGCCAAUUCGGCCUUCUCCCCAGUGCCUCCAGAUCGAUUCCAGCAUGAUGGGUACUACCACCCGAACUCCGAGAAACCCGGUUGUAUCUCGUCCAAGGGUGGGCACUUCCUCCCCGACGACAUAUACGCCUUUGAUGCUCCCUUCUUUAACAUGACCGCCGACGAGGCGCUUUCUAUGGAUCCACAGCAUCGUCUCCUGCUCGAGUGUGCCUUUGAGGCAUCCGAGAAUGCUGGCUGGAAACUCUCUGACAUUGCAGGUUCCAGGAUAGGAGUGUUCGCCGCAAACGAGAAGUCCGAAUAUGGCCAAAGGCUAGUUGACGACCUCCCCACGAUCUCAAAGUACACGGCCACUGGUACUGCCUCCUGCAUGUUCGCAAAUCGGCUUUCAUACUUUUUUGAUUUGCACGGCCCGAGCGUGGCUGUGGACGCAGCAUGUUCCAGUAGCUCGUACGCACUCCACUUGGCCUGCAAGAGUAUCCGCUCGCGAGAGUGCAAUGCGGCUUUUGUGGGUGGAGCAUCCCUUAUUGUCAGCCCCAACAUGUGGGUUCUGUUGGAUACGAUGGGCGCCUUGUCGCCGGACGGGAAGUCGUUCUCAUAUGACCGCAAAGCAAAUGGAUUCGGUAGAGGUGAGGGCGGUGCAUGCCUUGUUGUGAAGAGGCUAUCGGAUGCCAUUGCAGCCAAUGAUCCGAUCAGAGCCGUUAUCCGUAACACUGCAAGCAAUCACUCUGGACGGACAAUCGGCAUCAGUACACCGUCCCAGCAAGCGCAGGAGGAGCUUCUCGCUCGUGUGCAUCAAGAAAUUGGCUUACCUCCUAACGAAACAACUUUUAUUGAGGUACAUCCUCCCGCGACUGAUUUCGAUCCGAUCGACGCUGGCGCCAUAGCAAACAUCGUUGCAAGGACAAGACCACCUUCCCAGCCGGUGUUCAUCGGUUCUCUCAAGUCGAACUUUGGACACUUGGAAGGCGCCAGCGGGGUCCUAUCCGUCGUCAAAGCAGUAAUGCUGAUUGAGCGCCAAUUCCUCCUACCUAAUGCCUGGUUUGAGGAGCUUCAUCCCAAAAUUCGAGAGUACGAGAAGCUGAGGGUCCCACAAACGGUGACACCUUGGCCAGUUGGCAUGAAGCGACGUGUUUGCGUGACAAACUUCGGAUUCGGAGGCAGUAAUGCCGCCGCCCUCCUCGAGGAUUUUGAAGGCUGCAUUCCGACUGACGGACACAAUGCCACUGGAGAAGUCCUCGAUGGACAUGUAACGAAUGUAACUUGCUCGAAUGGCCCAGAGCCUACCAAGCCCACAGCGGACCUGACAGCAGAGAAAACUCGGCUUGCAGAUGGAAUUCAUGCCCACCCUUCGCGGCUUUUCGUCUUUUCGUCGAGGACCGAACUUACUCUUGCUUCAUAUUUAACAUCAUUUCAUGACUACCUACAGACCGUACUACCGCUUCCGGACCUCCACGACCUGAGUUAUACUCUUGGACAGCGAAGGACCUACUUCCCGAACAGGGUGUCGAUCGCGGCCCGCUCGGUGACAGAUCUCCGGGAACAACUUGCAAACUCGCGUGCGUUGAAGGCAGAAAAAGCAAGGGACCACAAAAUCGCCUUCGUCUUCACUGGCCAAGGUGCUCAAUAUCCCCGAAUGGGAGUGGAACUUUCCCGCCACCCGAUCUUCUACCAGACCCUGCAAGAAGCAGAUGUAUGCCUUACUGAGUUUGGAGCCUUGUGGUCGCUUAUAGACGAGUUGGCGAAGGGGGAAUCCGAGACUCGAAUUCACGAUACGGAGGUCAGCCAGCCGGCAUGCACCGCCAUCCAAAUCGGACUGGUACAUCUCCUUCGUCAGUGGGGGAUCCGGCCAGCAGCCGUGGUUGGUCACUCGAGUGGAGAGAUUGCAGCCGCCUACACUGCAGGAUUCAUUACGUUCAAGGCGGCAAUGGCCAUUUCUUACCACAGGGGACAGGCCGCUGCCCGGAUCCAUCAGGAGCACCCAGACCAAGGGGCGAUGCUGGCACUCGGUAUCGGCGCUGAGGGCGCCGUAGCAUUGAUUGAGAGCGCGUCUCAAUCGACGGGCGGAGCGGCCGCGGUUCUCGCCGCAGUCAACAGUCCCCAGAGCGUGACGGUGUCGGGAAAUGUUCAAGCCAUUGCCGCCGUAGAGAGGGUUGCACAGGAGCAGGGCCUGUUCGUGCGAAGAUUGAAGGUUGCUGUCGCCUACCACUCCCAGUACAUGGAAGCUGUAGCUGCCUCCUAUUCGGCAGCAAUCACAGCAUACUCACCAAGCACGUCUCAUUCAACGGUCGCACUCAUAUCUACCGUUACGGGCGUUCAGCAGCAUGCUGAGACAUUCAGUGCAUCUUAUUGGGUCCGAAAUCUGGUCCAACCAGUGCAAUUCCUGGCUGCCAUCAAUACCCUUCUGAGCACUUUGGGGUCGAGCUCAAAUACUCCUACGGUGCUUGUUGAGAUCGGCCCUCACGCCGCGCUCAAAGGUCCUAUUAGCCAGAUCCUGCAGUCACCCUCAAACCAGAUCCCUGGAACGAUCCCGAAGCCGACAUACGUCUCAGCGCUCGUACGAGGAUCUUCCCCCGACCGUACAGUCGUGGAGCUUGCCGGGAGAUUACUCGUCCUGGGCUGUAGCGUUGACAUCGCCCAGGUCAAUGGGACCAACGAUAAAAACGCUCACGUAGUGACCAAUCUACCAUUGUAUGCCUGGGAUAGGACGAUUCGAUACCAGCACACUUCACCUGUGGCCACGCAAAAAGCGCAUCCCGGUCAAGCCUACGAUCAUCUCCUGGGUUGGAAGUGCCCAUCAGUGGGCAAUGAGCAGGUGUUCCGGCAAGUCUUCACACUCGAUGAGAUGCCGUUUCUUCGAGACCACAAUAUCGCCGGCGAGGUAUUGUUUCCUUUCACUGGAUACCUCUCACUUGGUAUAGCUGCUGUACGAGCACUGACCUCCUCAGACACUCCUCCACGCAGCGUAGUGGCCAAGGAGUUGUACGUCAAACGGGGCCUCCCUAUCAAAGAGGAGCAGAGAGUUGACAUUGCAACCAAGCUGAGACCGGCUGAAACCGGUAUCGAGGUGGCGUCUUCUUCUGUGUGGGCCUUCGAUGUUGUCUCGUGGUCCACCGGCAUUGGUUGGACGAUACACUGUUCCGGUCAGAUUGAAGCGUCUACCCAGCCAACAGCUUGCACCAGUUGGACCAUGCGCCAGACGGAGCAAGCUCUGACAGACCCCCGGCUCCGUGAAGCGGACGCUGAGCAAGAGUACAAGCUUCUCGACCAAACGGGGGUCAGAUACGGGCCGCAAUUCAGGACCAUGCGAAGGCUGUGGGCCACUACUGGUCUCGUGGUCCACGAGACGGAGUUGAGAGACAUGCCGGAAUUCAUGCAAGAUACAUCGCCCAUUACUGUCGAUGCGCCUACGCUGGACUCUUUCCUCCACUCCAUAGGGAGCAUCCAAGGGGCCGGAGUUGCUCGGCGAGUAUUCGUUCCCACUUACUUCAAACAUAUUCGAGUUUCCAACGAAGUGCCCGCCAGGCAGAAUCAACGUUUCACCAUCGUCACGAGGCUGCAGGAGCUGGAUCUUCGCACCGGUACCAUGCGGGUUAUGGUGAGCGUAUUCACGAAGCCCCAAGCGCCAAACGAGACUCGCAUCCCGAUACUCGAGAUUGAGUCCUUUACUUUGAAGUCGAUCACCGAGCCGAACGCUGAGAAGCUGCUGCGGCAGCUACCAAAAGGGUUCAUUGAACGGCUUGUGCCUUCCGCAGCCUUUCUCGCAGAAGAUGACGUCGUGAGAUUAGUAGGUGAGCAACCCUUCGGACAGGAGGACAUUGAUCACAGGCAACAGUUGAACGAAGUCGGCGCCUACUUCAUGGCUUGUGCUAUCUUGACUCUGUCGAAGGACCAACAAGACCGGCUGCCACCUCAUCUGGCUAGCUUCGUACUCUGGGCGCAAGCUCUGGUCGCACAGCCUUCGACACAAGAGAUGCUGAAGUCGAGAGAUCCAGGGUCGUUGGUCAGAGAGGUCCGAAACGCCAACGCCAAGGGCGAAAUGCUCGUCGCCAUCGGCGAACAGCUUCCUGCCAUUCUGAACCUCGAGCUGGAGCCGCUCGAGAUCAUGCUCAAAGACGGCCUCCUCUCGCGUAAUUACGAGCAGGAUACUAGUGCAGUCCGCUGCAAUGCUGCGUUGGCCAGGUAUGCUCGAGUUCUCUCCGAUUCUAACCCAAACCUGCGUGUGCUGGAGAUCGGCGCUGGAACUGGCAGCGCGACCCUCGGGAUCCUAGAGUCGAUGUCGCACGAGCUGCAGGACACACCAUCAUUCCAGAGCUACACUUUCACCGAUAUAUCCCCUGGGUUCUUCGAAAACGCGAAAGUCAAGCUAGCGCGUUGGUCAAAUUGGAUCCGAUAUGAGAAACUGGACAUCGGCGAAGACCCGCUUUCUCAAGGCUUCGAGUCAGAGACAUACGAUCUGGUCGUGGCCUCGAACGUGCUGCACGCUACUGCCGACAUGAACAAAACGAUCUGCAAUGUAUGCACGUUGCUCAAGCCUGGCGGCAAGUUACUGCUGAUGGAGAACGUCGCGCAUCAGCCCUGCAAUAUGCCCUACGCUCUACUGCCAGGCUGGUGGGUGGCUCACGACGAAUAUCGUGCGGGUUCGGGGCCGCUCUUAUCCGAUGGAUCGUGGGAGCGACUUCUCUCUAACAAUGGGUUCUCCGGCAUCGAUGGAAGCAUUGCGGAUUAUCCGGGUACGGCAGUACAUUUGAUGAAGGCUCUAUGGGCGACGAAGGUGCAGACGCUUGCACGAAACAGCGACGCCGAUGACCAUUUCGAAGUCGCCAUUACAGGUCAGCUGAUUGGCAAUGAAACACUUGAACUGAUUGAGGCAUUGGUGGAGCAGGCUGAUCAAUCCAUGAACGGUGCAACACUCUAUACAAUGAUGUCGGAACUACAGGAUCCGGACAAGUCCCUUUGUAUCUUCAUUGACAGCCCACAAGCCAGUGUCCUUCAAGAUGUCAGUGAGCCUGAUUUUGAAAGCCUAAAGGGGUUGCUCACUGACGUGAAAGCGCUUGUUUGGGUCAUCCUGGAGAAAGCUCGACCAGAAGCGUAUACAAUCAAGGGCCUCCUGCGAACUCUCCGCCUCGAAGAUGCUUCGAGAAGUCUGUUGCUGGUGGAAAACGUGCCGAGCACGACGGACGGUGCUACCGCGGUCAUGUCGCUUGCACACCGCUUGGCAUCGACGCAGGAUCAUAAACGUUCGCUCAUGGACCAGGAUUUCGUGUGGGAUAACGAAAAGCUGCUCGUUCCACGUCUGACCCCGUCAGUGGCGGCGAGAAACACGCUGGCCUCAGAGUCUGGUCUUAUGGUCAAGGAAAAGCAGCCUAUGUGGAACGAAAGCAAGGACGCCUUCGAGAUGACGGUUGAUGUAGCCGGCAGUCCAGACUCCAUCUACUUCCGUCGAAGUGAUACACUUCAAAUUACUGGCGACAACGAAGUCAUAGUCCGAGUAGAAGCCGUCGGUGUCAAUUUCCGCGAUCUUCUCCUGGUCUUGGGCUCAAUGCCUUGGAGUGGCCCUGGCCUCGAAGGCGCCGGCAGAGUACACGCCGUGGCGCCGCAAGUCAAGAAUCUGAAAGUAGGCGAUCGGGUCUUCUACAUCUCUAGCGAGAACGGGUACGCCAACUACGUGCGGCUCCCUUUUACUAGCAUCCACAGGAUCCCAGACCACAUCAGCGCUGUCGACGCAGCGACUAUGCCAAUAGCCUACAGUACAGCACGCGUAUGCUUCCAGCGAGCACGCCUGCAAAAAGGAGACACUGUUCUCAUCCACGCGGCAUCAGGGGCAGUCGGACAAGCCUGCGUCACAAUGGCACAGCAUUUGGGAGCGUCUCGGGUAUUCGUUACCGCAGGCACAGCGGAGAAGAGAGCAUUCUUGGGCGACAAAUUCAGCAUCCCGAAGGACGACAUCUUCUCCAGCAGAACGGCGAACUUCAAAGACGGGAUACUGUCCGCCACGAACGGCAAAGGAGUGGAUGUGAUUAUCAACUCACUCAGUGGCCGUCUGCUGCAGGACACAUUCGCGCUGACUGCCGAUUUUGGCCGCUUCAUUGAAAUCGGACGGAAAGACUUUCUGCAGAACAGUCAUCUUGCCAUGCGUGCGUUUGAUCAUAACGUGACCUUCGGCGGAGUAGACCUUUAUAAGCUGUUUACGCGAAAGCCGGAGGUGUUGCAGGAUUGUCUCGCGGAGAUUUCUCAAUUACUCCUAACUGGCGGCAUUGGACCUAUCCGACCGGUCACCGAGAUAUCCGUAACCAAUCUGUCUACGGCACUGAGAAGGUUGCAGUCAGGGCAGAACAUGGGCAAGAUUGUGACGACGAUGGAUCAGGACGCGAUGGUGCUUGCACAGGUCGCUUCUGGUCUGUUGCCAAGACGACAGCUCCUGCAUCCAGAUGGAACCUACCUGAUUACCGGCGGGACAGGUGGAAUCGGUCGAGCUUUGGCUUCCUGGAUGGUGGAUAAUGGGGCGCGGAAUGUUGUCCUGCUUGGCCGCAGCGGCUCUUCGCACCCCGAGGUUGCACGGCUCCUUGGUCAGAUUCGAUCAUCGUCUCCGAACGUGUGCAUACGAGCCAUUGCCUGUGAUGUCGGUGUGCGCGGAGAUGUUGAGACUGCGAUGGCGGCUGUAUCCGACCUGCCUCGUGUCAAGGGAGUGGUACAUGGUGCCUUAUUCCUUCGGGGUGCUUGGAAUUUGCACGACAUUCUCCCCAAGGACCUUGACUUCUUCAUCUCGUUGGCUUCUAUCGAUGGCGCGAUAGGCCACGUUGGGCAAGCGAUUUAUGCUGGAACUUCGACUUUCUUGGACGCCUUCUCGCAGUAUCGCAACAGCCUCGGAUUGCCCGCGGUCUCCAUCGGUCUUCCUGUCGUCGAGGGCAUUGGCUACGUCGCUGACCGUGAUAUUGGCGAUGCACUCAAACAGUCGAUAGGGUUGACGCUGGCAGAGACGCAUGUGUACACUGCCGUGAAGGGCGCCAUCGUAGGUCCCUCGUCGGGUCUAUGCGCGAACGCACGCUCGCUCGUAGCGACAUCAAGUCCCGUCAUAAACACCAACGGGUCGCUGCUACCGUGGGAGCGCUUUGAUAUGCUCGCAGCACUUCGAACCGCGCCACUGUCCCAAGGAGACUCGCCCAGCACCACUCCCACCCAUUCCGACCAAUCUACGCUGCUGGUGAAGAUGAGUAAUAGUGGUGAUGCUAUGCAGACGCUUCUCAUUGCCCUGAUGGAUAAGGUCGCCUCGAUGACCAUGACGGAUCGCGACGAAGUUCGACCGGAUCGUGGUUUGGUGGAUUACGGGCUCGAUUCACUCGUGAGCGUUGAGCUACGUAACUGGAUCCGUCGUGAGACUGGCGUUGAACUGGCGUUGACGGCCAUUGUAGGAGCUGAGAAUUUGCGAGCACUAGCAGAGCGGACACUGGCGCAGAUGAAAGUGCAGUAG